AUGGAAUUAUUCUCGAUUCUUUGGCAAUUCCUGCUGCUAUGGGUAUGCUUGUAUAUCAUUGUGUUUAUACUCCAAAUCAUCAGCACUCGCAAGAAAAAAGAGCCCUCUCGACGAAGGCCCAAUUCCCUGCUGCCAACCUUUUCCAUUGUCGAUGAUAGUAGCAGAGAGCCACCGCAAAGAGAUCAAUGGGAGAUUAAGCUGUUCCAAGUCAAAUACACAACACAGCGACUGAACAAUUUGUUUGGCAAGUUGACUCGAUUAUCGCCUUCGUUCUGGAACAUGUGGUUUACUUGUGGUGUCAUUGCAGCCUCGAUUUUGAUCCUUGUGGGGAUGAUUGUUAUUUUAUUCGCUGCAGCCAAAAUCUUGGCCAGUGCCAAACAGAUCAUCAUGCCGAGUCAGCCUAGCAGCAAUAGCAGCUUGAAGAAAAGAGGCAUAGAAGGAAUGGAUGACGACGACCAAGUAUUUUUACCUAUGAUACCCGGUGUUACUUUGCCAAUGUCACACAUUGGCUACUAUCUACUAGCAUUGACUGUAUGUGGACUAUUUCACGAAGCAGGCCAUGCAAUUGCAUCUUACAGCCAAGGUGUUCCCAUACAGAGUUCAGGCAUGUUUGUCGCUUAUAUGUAUCCCGGUGCCUUUGUCAAUAUACCAGACCAGCAACUACAAGGCCUAACCCCUUUCAAACAACUUCGAAUCAUAUGUGCAGGUGUAUGGCACAACCUUGUCUUGUACGCAUUUUCAUUCAUCUCGCUGGCAGGAGGAUUAAAGCUACUACUGCUGAUUUUGGGCUGGCAAUCCCUGGAAGGCUACGGUGGUGUCAGUGUUGUACAUAUUCGAGAAAACUCUCCCUUAGCGCCACAUUUCCCACCAUCCACCGUCAUAUACCAACUCGAUGAUUUUCCUCUCGUCAACAACAUUGAGGACUGGAAUGCCCAUUUAUUUCAAGAGGAUGGCAGAAACAAGGUGACUCAAGGCUUUUGCACUGCAUUACCGACAGAAGACUAUGGAAGCAGUUGUUGCAACAUCAAUGAUGCGUAUCCGUUUGGACAGUCAGACAACGCUUCUAUCUCCUGCUUCCAUCCAUUUCCCAAUACAGGCAAGAUAUUGGACCGUCUCUGUUUGCCAACACUGUCUGUGAUAGCAUCCACUAAUCCAGAGCGAUGCUACAAAGCUUCUGAUUGUUCUUCCUUGUCUGGCAUGGAGAUGAGCUGCGUGACACCAUACACACCUUCAGUUACAGGACAAGUUGUACGGAUUUAUGCUCGAUUCCCUAGCUGGAUUAAGACCGAGAACGAGAAUAAUGAAAAGGUCUUUGUGUUUGAAGGCGAACUGGUCGACAUUUGGGAGAGUGUGAAAGUGAGUCUAUUGACACCUAGAUUUUGGAUUCUCCCAUCAUCCCUACCUCACAUUUUGGAACUAACAUUGAGAUACAUUUCUUCAUUCACCCUGGCCUUGGCAAUGCUAAACAUAUUACCUGCCUUUAAACUGGAUGGCGAAUUUGCAUUAGAGCAAUUCUUGAUCUUAUUUCUGCAACCCCAAGAUGCCACGCCAGUGACUACAAGAGCCAAUGAGACGUAUCGAUCUACUACAAAAAUGCAUAAUACCAUUGUAAGAAUCACCUCGGCUGUAGUAGGAUUUGUGAUUGUUGGUAGUAUCAUCGUUGGGCUUCUUUCAUCAAAGCUAUAG